GCAAGACCGGAAGGGGCGGCUACAAGGCCCCCGAAGGGCGGAGCGGGGCGGCCCUCCAGAAAGUGGCGGUUUACUGGAUGCAGUUACCUUAGUGUCCGGAAUAGCUUGAUUCUGUGGCGAGCGGCCCGCCCGCAGUGGGUCGGUGCUACUAUUUUAGCAGGAGUGGGACCCCUGAGGCCUCAGGAACAGGCUUUCUCUGGCCCGGGACUUCUCGGCGUUCAGCGGUUCCCCCCGUAACCGGAUACCGGUUAUUUGGACUCUGCCUCUGGCUCAGGAGUCACAGAUGCCAGGAAGUAUGGCCCCCCUCAAGAAGCCUCGAAAUACCGCCAGGGUGCCUCUGGCCUUAAACCCCCUGAAGAGCAAGGACGUGUUGGCCGUGCUGGCUGAGAGGAACCAGGCUAUAAUGCCAGUUGGGGCAUGGGUGGAACCUGCCUUGCCAGAUAGCUCGGAAGUCCCAGCAUAUACUUCAGCAUAUAUGAUUGAAGAAGAACUAAAGGAAAAGCUAAGAAAAAAACAAGAAGCUCUGAAGCAUUUUCAGAGACAAGUCAAACGCCGAGUAAAUCAGCAAAUCAGGCUGAGAAAAAAGCAGCAGUUUCAGAGAUCUUAUGAAGCAGCAGAAAAAGAAGGCUCUAUAGCCAUGCAGUCUUCAGAUCCAGCACGUUUAACUCCUAAAAGAACAAGUGUUUUUCCAGACAACUUGAAUGUUGCUAUUGGAAGUGCUGGGUUACCUCCUUCCCAGAUGCUUGGGGAUGGAAUGGAUGAUAGAGAGAAUCAGAAUGAAUUAUUUCAACAACAAGCCCAGGCUCUUAGUCAAACCAUGAAAGAGGCCCGUCACCGGCUGGCAUCCUUUAAGACUGUGAAUAAAAAAAAUGCGUCAGUGUUUGCAGACAGUAGAAGGAAAACCUCUCCCCCACAAGAGAAAGCACUUUGUAGGAAACCAUCAUCCCUCAAGAUAAAUAUAGGAACAAGAAGACAGUUGACCUUUCAGGUCCGUCAAGUCUUUGGUCUUUUAACUACUUUGCAUUACCAGAAAUUUAUAGAAAAUCUGGGAGCGCAAUAUAAAGAACCUGACUUUGAGGAAUCUUCAUCUGUUACGACAGAUAAGGAGACAGAAAAUUUGUUUUGGGAAGACCAGCAUUCUCUCCUUUCUGAAGACAGGAACAAACCUUUCAGCAGAGUUCAGAAAGUACAGUUCAAAAAUCCAUUAUUUGCCAUGAUGAAAGAGGAAGAACAAAAGCAAUUAGAUCUUCAGGGCCUUCAGAAUAUUCUGCCAGAAGCCCAGGAUUAUCUUCCAGAAGGCCAAGGUGAUCUGCUGGAAGCUGAGGGUGAUUUGACAGGAGUCCAGAGUGUUAAGCUAGAAGCUGAGAGUGUUGAACCAGAAGACAAGAGUGUUGAGCCAAAGCUCAGUAUCCCAGCUAUUGAGCUGGAAAGCCAAGCUGUUGAGCCCAAAGCGCAGCCUAUUGAGCCUAAAGCCCAGGCUGUUAAGAUAAAAACUCAGGGUAUUGUGCCAGAAGCCCAGAAUAUUGAACCAGAAGAUGAGAGUAUUGUAUCUGAAGUCCAGGAUUUGCUACCCAAAGAACAGUGUGUUCUUCCCAAAGACCAGAAUAAUCUACCCAGAUGUCAGGACCAGGACUUUCUACUUAAAGACCAGGAUCUUCUACUGAAAGACCAGAAUAUUCUACCUGAAUGUAAGAACCAGCAUUUUCCACCCAAAGACCAUCAUGUGUUCCCCGAAGACCAGAAUAGUCAAUCUAAAUUUCAGGACCAGGAUUUUCUACUAAAAGACCAGCAUCAGCAUUUUCUACCCAGAGAGCAGGAAACCAGUUUGAAGCAGCCAGCAUCAAUUUUGAUAGGCCCAAGAGGGAGAGAGGCAUUUCCUCUGGAUGUCCAGCAGGAUCUUCCACCCGGGCAUCAAGAUCAGACUUCCACCAGGGACAAGAAAGUACGCUUCAAGGAGUCAUAUUCUGAUGUGUCAAGUGAAAAAGGAAGAGAAGACUAUUCUCUGGCAGGUUAUCAGUAUCUGCCUCCUAAACUCCAGGACCAGACCUUCAUCAGAGAUCAGCAACUUCCAUCUUUUAUGAGAGCAGAAAGAAUGAGUGAUGAAUUACCUCUGGAGUAUCCUCAGUAUGUUGAAUCUAAAACCCGGGACCGAGCUUCCCCUAGAGAACAGAGCAAGUAUAUCAAGCAACCCUCAUCUUAUGAGAAAUGGGAGAUUGAAAGAAGAGUUCCUUCUGGAGUGCCAUCAGUUUAUGAUGAAUAUCAAUCAAGAUUGAGCACUGAAUUUCAAAUUCCGCUGACACUCCAGUCUGGAGUAGAUCAGGAAGAAGACAAGAGAGAGCGUCAAAAGCAAUACCUGAGAUACAGACGACUUUUCAUGGAUAUUGAAAGGGAACAAGUAAAAGAACAACAAAGGCAAAAAGAACAUCAGAAGAAAGUUGAAAAAAUUAAAAAAAAGAAAGAACAGCAACGUUAUGCUGAAGAGCAGAGGAUACUAAGAAUGAACUUUCACGAAGAGCUGUAUUCAGGGGAGAAGAUGAGUGACAUAUUAGCCCAGAUGAAACUUGAGGAACUAAAAGGAGUCAGAGAAAAACAACAACAGAGAGAAAAGGAAUCCCAAAGAUAUAUGGAAGCUCUGCGAGUCCAGAUCCAGGAGAAAAUGCGGCUGUAUAAUAUUACUCUACCUCCACUGUGCUGCUGUGGUCCUGAUUUUUGGGAUGCUCAUCCUGAUACCUGCGCCAACAACUGUAUUUUCUAUAAAAACCAUAGAGCGUAUACCCGGGCACUACAUUCGGUCAUCAAUUCCUGUGAUAUCCCUGAGGGGACCUCAACUGUUCGAGUCGCCAUGCAUAAUUUGGCUUCUGCGCACAGACGGACUUUGAAAAAUCUGUAAUGAGAAUCUGAAUCCAAUUGUUAGUAUUUCAGUCUUCACUUAAAGUCAACCCUGAGAGAUUAUUUAGGAAAAGCUGUUAAAAUGUAUAAGAUGUGUAAUCUGGAAAGAAGGACUGUCUCAACAAGACAACCAUCUCUAUAAUUAGAUCAUAAACAUUGUUUCAGCCUCUGCCUGGGACUGAAAUUGAAAGUCGACCUCCAAACUGGUGUUUUUGCUGUGAACUGUAGAGAGUCUAUUGUUUUAAAAAUGAUCACUCAGACCAGUAAGGUUUUUUUUACUUAGCUCUGCUCUGAUCAGAAGAGAUCAUGAGAAAUCUUCGAGAUUAUCUCAUUUAUUGUCUUUGUUAAAGUGUAUCUUUGAAUCUUGACAAGAUUGAAAAUGUCUAGAUAAAGCUGAAAAGAAGAUGAUAUGAGUUUCUAAGUAUCAGUGGCCAUCUGUAUUGCUGAUAGCAUUACUAGUUGUGUAUAACAAUUAGAGGUGAGAAGAAUCUGAAUUUGAUGCAUAUUUUUUUCUCAAGAUUUUUCUCUACUGGUUUUUUAACUUAUUACCUCUUUCCCCAUUCAGUGACAUUGGACUUAGGACUUUAUAAUUUUAUAAUUUUGUAUUGCAAAAAUAAGGUGAAUAAAACCUCUGUCUUUUGAGCAUCUUGUAGGUGAAAUCAUUGUGAGUGACUUUUCAAAAAGUAAACUUGAAGUCAAAGUGAGUAAUCAAGUCCUACCUUAUUUAUCCCUGUUUUUUAAGAAUCUGGUGAAUGGCAUAGCUACAAAACAGAUGAAAUAAAAAUUUCUGUAGUUA